AUGUCUUCUCUGUCAAUCUCAGAGGUUGCAGAUUUACAGAUAUCCAAGUACGCCAACCGUGAAGUGCUCGUGGAUCUCGGUGGUCUUGCAAUUCUCAUAUACGAUUACUGCAUCACGUUUCAGGAUGAGGUACAGUGGACCUGGUCCAGGCCAUGGGGUUUCACUCGUGUCAUCUUCACUAUAUCCCGAUAUUUGCCUUUCGUAGGCGCUGGAAUGACGGCAUAUGCUGCACUGCGUGUCAGCGGUCCGUGCGACCCUUCUGUGGAAGAAAACAUUAUCCAUAUUCUAACUAUCGUUGCUGCAGAAGGAUUGCUGGUUAUUCGGACUUGGGCAUUCUGGCAAAACAGUAGAAGAGUGCUGAUUGGAUUAUUGACAUAUAGCGUCGUGACAAUAAUCGCCGCCAUUGCCGUGAACGUCGUUCCAAAUCAUCAGUUGAUUCCAGGAGGAAAUUCGUCACCAGGAUGCAACUUUGAAUCAUCAAGAAAUGCUGCAGUAGUGUACUCUAUCUUGGCAAUGUUCGAAAUUGUGAUCUUGAUCCUUAAUGCAUAUAAGAGGUUCCACGACUACCGGGAUGAGCAGAGCUCAAUUGUAACCACCUUAUAUGGCGAUGGUAUGCUUUACAUAUCGUGCAUCAUCGCUAUCACGGUCACCAAUGUUAUUGUUGACGCAGCAUUUCCGAUCGGCUAUAGUAACAUGUUUGAUACGCUACAACUUGUCCUUCACAGCGUCCUAGCCUCACGGAUUCUAUUCCGUCUUCAAAGUAGUAACAAUCGUGCCUACGAGCCGUCCAUGUCAUUGUCGGUGUUAGAAGGUAUCAACUAUGCACAACCUUCGCAAAUGCAGACGAGCGGGACACAAAGUGAAACUAGUGAAGUCUGA